GUUUACAUUAGGGAGGACGUGUAGAGUGACGCGAGUGGGGCCGAAGUAGACGGUGUGUGUCGUCGUCGCCCCCCCCCCCCCCUCCUCCCUCCCAUCUCCCCUCCUGCGAUAGGGAACAGAGGGGCGCCGCCGACAAAACUUCCUCAGCAACUUCGGCCGUGUCGAUAUCGAUGACAAGCGGCGGUAUUUUUAGCUGUGGCCGUCAUCGCGCUGUGACUGGCUGGCCGUGGGCUCGCUAUAAAGGACGCACUUCGACAUGCAGCUUUACAACAGCGCCUUGACGCACUACCCGAGAUCGUCCAGCAAAGUCACCGUCACUUUAUCCUGCGGACCAUCCAGCCCACCUGCGGAAGACGCACCGGGACUGAGCCAGCCAGACGCCACCGCUCCGACUGCUACUUCCGCAAACAUGCCUGCCUUUUCUUGCUACGAAGCCUCCUCCUCUAGGCCCAUGCCCGACUACUUCACAUCCACUGCCGAGUUGCUUGUACGCAGAGCGGACGGGGUGGAGAGGACUGUAAAAAUCACCAGGGUCCCCAAGCCUCCGUCCCCUGAUGACGAGCUGGUGGAGUUGAUCGAUGAGCUCAGGGACAGUACGGACGGACUUCUCCCGGAGGACCCCUCGGAGAGUCUUCUGUUUGAGGCCAAUGAGAGGAGUAAAAGGUGGGUACCAGAGCAGGAGCCCUGUGGCGCUCCGCCUGAACCCAACCUGAAUGAUGAGCUGGCUACAUCUGACUUUGAGCUGAGCGUUCUGCAGGAGCAGAAAGGGGAUGACGAGGUGUCCCGGGAUGACAAGGUGGCCCGUUACCUGGCCGAGGUGGAGACGCAGAACAAGUACCUGGGGGAGAGGCGCAAGUUCCGAUACCAUAUCAUCCCGGAUGGCAACUGUCUGUACCGGGCCGUGUGCAAGGCUACUUACGGGGACCAGGCGAGGCACAGCGAGCUGCGGGAGCGUACGGUUCACCACAUGGCCGACAACCUGGACCAGUUCAACCCGGUCAUCGAGGGCGACGCGGGCGAGUUCCUCAUCAAUGCGGCGCAGGACGCCGCCUGGGCCGGAUACCCCGAGCUGCUCGCCAUGAGCCAGAUGCUCAACGUCAACAUCUACCUGACCACUGGGGGCAGCGCGGAGAGCCCUACCGUGUCCACCAUGAUGCACUUCCUGGGCGAGGAGGAUACGUCCAAGCCGGCCGUCUGGCUGAGCUGGCUGAGCAACGGACAUUACGACGUGCUCAUGGACGCCCGUGUGGACAACCCGGAGUACGAGGACUGGUGCCGACACUCUCAGAUGCAGAGGAGACGGGACGAGGAGCUGGCCAAGUCCAUGGCCGCGUCUUUGUCCAAAAUGUACAUUGAGAAAAACGGCGCAGUGUAAAUGCAGAAUGACUCGCUUUGGGCCUUAAGUGAUAUAUAUAUAUAUAUAUUUUUUUUUUAUACGAUCUCGGAGAUUUAAACCAAGUGCUGUGCACAUAGUUGACUGUUUCAAUUUGCCAAUGUUUCUACAUUAGUGGGUGAAAGUGUGGCUGUGUUUGGAAUCACUCCCGAGCCACUAUAGAGUGACCUGUGUCGUGAGUUCACCGUUUUUGUAGCGCUGAUCCAAUGCGUAGUGAGUCUAGGUUCUCCCCCUAGUGCCCUCUAUGUAUCCCACAAUGCAUCUUGAAAAGUCAUGAACAACUGAUGGGCACUAGAAAAGUGGACAAAAAAAAAAAGUGAGACAAAUUCAUGAGCUGUGGGCUGAAAAUAUCUUUUAAGUAAAGAAACAACAACACAGAAGGACAAAGUGCUUUGUUUGUAUCCAUUUUGUAAAAUACACAAUUGACUGAUGAUAUAGAAAUCACGAUGAAGUCGAUACGGAGGAGGUCAUUAGUGAACGGUUCCCAACACAGCCCGUUUGUGUUUACAGUAGGGCUAUUAGGGCCACGUUUAAAAGAAAACAAAGGCUUCUUCGAAAGAAUACACAGGAGAGGGAGUAUUUUGAGAAAAGUCAGAAUCUUAGUUAUUAUGGUGUAAGAGUAUUGGUUCAUAAUUGUGUGCCAAAUUUCGAGAAGGAGAGAGAGUCAGCAGGGUUUAGAAGAAUGCGUGACUGGAGUUUUUUUAUUUCUCAUGAAAAACUAUCAUAUUAUUGCGAUUUCCCACCCUUCCCCAAAUAACUAUCUCAGAACUACUUUUGUCUUGGAUUUCACUUUUUCUGAAAAAAACAAGCAAACAAAUGGAAAUCUUGAAAAUUUUUGUUUCAUCUUGGAAAAAAGAAGUACUUCUUGAACAAAUGGAAUACAAAUAAAAAAUCCAGAACAAACUUAUUGAAACAAUCUGACACGUCUUGGAAAAAAAUACUUUUCUCGAAUGCGCAAGACUUUUUCUUGAAUAGUUCUGUCUCAAAAAUGUUUUUUCUCUCAAGUAAACACUUUUUACACAAACAUUUAUCUAAAAUGUACGUUUUUUUUAUCGAAUGAUGUUCAUACAAAAUUUUUAUUUUCAAUUUUUUACAGAUUCACCAAAUAUAUUACUGUACUUUAACAUAACUUCAAUUUCAUCACGACAAUUUUUUUCCGCAAAUUUAUAUGACAAAAUGCAGUACAAAUCUAGCUUGAAAAAACAUAUUUUCUUUGAAUGGAAAGUAAAAACGUUUUCACUCUAGCCUUAAUACGCUUUUACAAAUGUGAGUGAAAAGUGCUUUAUGUAUUUAUUUGCCACACUGUUUUAUAAUGCAGGCUUAGGCUUGGGACCUUAAAUGCUUUCAACUACUUUAAAUGAUUAUGAAGCAGGUGCACACUUGAAUGGCGGGGCGCUUUUUUUUUUAAAUUGAGUUUUUGGCAACACGAUGUAUUUGUAUGUACAGUAUAUGUCGUUGAUGUAUUUUACAAAGAUUAACUUUUAAUAUGGAUCUUGAACUGAAAAAAGUUCAGGAAAGCCUUUUCUAAUGCAAGAGUGGGUCCAGUUAUCUCUGUCGUUGAAAGCCGUCCUAUCCAGAGAUUUAUCACCUUUUCUGUCUGCGAUUCUUGCACAAAUAAAAGUGUCCUUAUAUGUGA